UGUACUCUCUCCAAAUCCUCAUGAGUCACAAAAAUUAAAAAGCUAUAUCCUUCUGGAUGCCAGGAAGGGCCUUGCCACAGGCCUUUUGUCAAAAUAAAAUUAAAAAAAAAAAAGACAAAGAAAAAGAAAGAAAAGCCACAUUGGUAGGCAGUCCCACUUACUUUGAGGACUGUGAUGUCACAAACCACAUGAUUCUGUCUCUCCAGUAACAGUGCUUCCAAAAAAAAAAAGGAGUUUUAAAGCUUUUGCUUUUUUGGAUUAUGUGAAUGCUUCAUUCGCCUCACAAACAACCACAGAACCACAAGUGCGGUGCAAACUUUCUCCAGGAGGAUAGCAAGAAGUCUCUGGUUUUUAAAUGGUUAAUCUCCGCAGGUCACUACCAGCCACUGAGACCAACCAAGUCAUUUAAGGCUUCAAGCAGUAUUUACACCAGAAGAUACAAGUUGCGUGUGAAAACAGAGGACUAUGGCAUCAAACAGUCUGUUCAGCUCAGUGACACCAUGUCAGCAAAACUUCUUUUGGGUGUCCAAUGACUGUUGUCCCAGGGGGACCGAACAGAACAGGAAAUCAUCAUUCAUAAUCUCUGACAGAGGCAAGGGAC